AUGGGCGGCGGUGACAGAAUUCCGAUUACUGCUGGCGGCAGCUACCCGAUGCAGGCACCGAAGCCGGUCGGCCAGCGCAUCUCCAAUAUCUACCGUGACCGCAUCAACCAGUUCUACUCCAGCGGACAAUGGGACAAGGUGAACCUCUUGUCGAUGAUGAACGAAGGCGUUGCUUCCGGGCAUCCCCAUGUGCGGCUCUGGACGUGGCCAGCUCCCGAUCUCGAACGCCCGACCUUUUCAGAGGCCGUCAAGAACAAGUUUGAAAAGACGUCGGUGGGCGCGUCGUUUGGGCCGUCAUGGUCGACGCACUGGUUCCGGGUCGAGCUCACCGUGCCGGAGGAGCUGCUCAAGAAGGAGCUGCUCGAGUUCCACUGGGAUGGCAACAACGAGGGCAUGAUCUGGUCCGAACAAGGCGAGCCGCUGCAAGGGCUGACGGGUGGCGGCGAGCGGGUAGAGUGGCUGAUACCCGACAGCUUCCGAGACGGCAAGACGCACACAUUUUACGUGGAGAUGGCGUGCAACGGCAUGUUUGGCAACGCGACAAGCGACAGCAUCCAGCCGCCCGACCCGAACCGCUACUUCCAGCUGGCCAAGGCGGACAUUGUGGCGGUCAACUACGCGGCGCGCCAGCUGUACAUUGACAUCUGGAUCAUCGGUGACGCGGCCCGUGAGUUCCCGACGGACUCGUGGGAGCAGCACAAGGCACUCAACGUGGCCACCAAGAUGAUCGACUCGUUUGAGCGCGGCAACCCGGGGUCGAUCCUGCGGGCCCGCAAGAUUGCCGAGGAGUACCUGGGCGCGCGGGUGGACUCGUCGGCCGUGUUCCAGACCAAGCCGGGCAAGGAGCCCGUGGUGUUUGGCAUCGGACACUGCCACAUCGACACGUGCUGGCUGUGGCCGUGGGCCGAGACCAAGCGUAAGGUGGCGCGGUCGUGGACCAACCAGUGCAACCUGAUGGACCGCUACCCCGAGCUCAACUUUGCCUGCUCGCAGGCGCAGCAGUUCAAGUGGCUCAAGCAGCUGUACCCGUCGGUGUUUGCGCGGGUGAGUGCCAAGAUCAAGGCCGGGCAGUUCCACCCGAUCGGCGGCAGCUGGGUCGAGCACGACACCAACAUGCCCAGCGGCGAGUCACUUGUCCGGCAGUUUGUCUACGGACAGCGCUUCUUCGAGGGCCACUUUGGGUCGCGCUGCCAGACGUUCUGGCUGCCCGACACGUUUGGCUACUCGAGCCAGCUGCCGCAGCUGUGCCGGCAGUCGGGCAUGACCCGGUUCCUGACGCAGAAGUUGAGCUGGAACAACAUCAACAAGUUUCCGCACACGACGUUCAACUGGGUCGCCCUGGACGGCUCGCAGGUGCUCUGCCAUAUGCCGCCGUCCGAGACCUACACGGCCGAGGCGCACUUUGGCGACGUGCGCCGCAGCAUCACGCAGCACAAGUCGAUGGACCAGGACCACACCUCGCUGCUCGUCUUUGGCAAGGGUGACGGCGGCGGCGGCCCGACGUGGCAGCACGUGGAGAAGCUGCGCCGCUGUCGCGGCAUAGCCGACACCGUCGGCCUGCUACCACGUGUGCAUCUUGGCGAGAGCGUGGACACCUUCUUUGCGCGGCUCGAGGCUAAGGCAGACUCGCUGGUCACGUGGUACGGCGAGCUGUACUUUGAGCUGCACCGCGGCACAUAUACGACGCAGGCCAACAACAAGCGCAACAACCGGCGGGCCGAGUUUGUGCUGCGCGACAUUGAGUACCUGGCCACGGUGGCGUCUCUGAUGCCGGGCAAAGAGUACCAGUACCCCAAGGCGGACAUUGACGACAUGUGGGAGGCCACGCUGCUGUGCCAGUUCCACGACUGCUUGCCGGGCAGCUGCAUCGAGAUGUGCUACGACGACUCUGACGAGCUGUAUGCCAAGGUGUUCAAGACAGCCGAGCGUGUUCUCAAGGACAUCUACAAGGUGAUUGGCGUAUCGACAGCACAGCCGAUGGCCAUGGCAGAGGGCGCUGCGAUCAACACGAUCACGUGGCCGCACAAGGAGCUGGUUGAGCUGGCUAGCGGCAAAUGUGCAGUCGCAGCAGGCAGCGGUCCGUUGCUGGCGCUGGAGCCGCUAUCGGCACAUGUGGCGACGGCAGGCAAGAAGCUGGGUGGGCCAGACGUCAGCGUCAAGGAGACGAAGGCGGGCGUGUUUGUUCUGGAGAACACGGACCUCCGGGUGACGAUCGAAGGCGGUGUGAUCACGUCGCUGUACGACAUUGUUGGGCAGCGCGAGGUGAUCGAGGCUGGAAAGAAGGCCAACCAGUUUGUGAUCUUUGACGACAAGCCGCUGUACUGGCAGGCAUGGGACGUGGAGGUGUUCCAUCUGGACACGCGACAGGAGCUGUCGAGCACAGGCACGCACAUUGGCGAGGUGACGGCACACCGGGUCAGCGUGGUGACGGAGACGCGGAUUAGCGAGAAGAGCAAGAUCCGGACGACGAUCAGCCUGGCGGCAGCACUGGAGGGAGAGCCGUCGAUUGUGGAGGUAACAAGCGACGUGGACUGGCACGAGACGAUGCGGUUCCUCAAGGUGGAGUUCCCGGUUUCGGUUCGCAACACGGAGGCAUCGUACGAGACGCAGUUUGGCCUAGUUCGACGGCCGACGCACUACAACACGAGCUGGGAUAUGGCCAAGUUCGAGGUGUGCAGCCACAAGUACGCGGACCUGUCGGAGCACGGCUACGGGGUGUCGAUUCUGAACGACAGCAAGUACGGGUUUGCGACGGUGGGCAAUCUGAUGCGGCUGUCGCUGCUGCGGGCACCCAAGGCGCCAGACGCACAUGCCGACAUGGGCCAGCACACGAUGCGGUGGGCGAUCAUGCCGCACGUGGGAGUGCUGGGAGCAGCGACAGUGCGCAAGGCAUUCCAGUUCAACAACCCCAAGGUGCUGGUGCAGGCAGAGGCUGGGGUGAUGCAGGCGGCCGGGAUGGCGAAGCAGCAGCCAGUGACGCUGACGGGCGACAAGUCGCUGGUGCUGGACACGGUGAAACGAGCGGAGGACGACGCGGACGUGCGUGCAGCAACGGCCGAGGGAGCGGACGGCCCGCUGCUGCGUCGGCCUCGAAGCAGCCGCAGUGUGGUGCUGCGGAUCUACGACAGUUUGGGAGGACGAUCGCGUGGAAGGGUGGCAGUGAGCGAGGAUUGGGCGGUGGCCAAGGUGUUUAAGGCGAACCUGCUGGAGGACGACGUGGAGGAGGUGGCGGUCAAGGAGAACGAGUUUGCGGUUGAUCUGCGGCCGUUUGAGGUGGCGACAUAUCGGGUAGAGUUGAAGUGA